GUGUCGGUCGCUAGAAUUUUGGAUUUGGAAGUGAUCAAGCCAAGGGAUAAACAAUCUUAAUUAUUCAAAGAAAUCCUUUGAAUUAACACUUUUGAAUUAGUCAUCAUUAUUUCUAUUUGUUACGUUUUCUAGUAUAUUAAUAUUAUUUUUAUUGUGCUAAGUCGGUGACAAAAGCCAGAAUUCCAAUUAUUGUAUCAAGCAGAGGACGUUCGCUGGGCGUAAAAAGAAAAUGGCGUGUGCUACCCUGAAAAGAAAUUUGGACUGGGAUAUGGCGCAGAUGCCUGCUAAGAGGCGAAGAUGUGCUCCAUUUGCGGCAAGUUCCAGUACAAGUCCUGGUUUAAAAAUGUCUGAGAGCAGAUCUUCAGCAUUUGGUGAAUCCGUUAGUGCACCUGCUAAAUUGACCCCAGAGCGCAUGGCACAAGAGAUAUGCGACGAGAUAAAGCGGCUGCAGCGACGCAAGCAGCUCCGCAUGGCGUCGGGCGCCGCCGCGUCCUGCUCGUCCUCCAGCGGCAGCGAGGGCGACUGCUCGCCGCCGCAUCGCUCGCACGCCGACCACAAACACAGGGCGCUCUUCACCUUCAAGCAGGUGCGCAUGAUCUGCGAGCGCAUGCUGCGGGAGCAGGAGGCGGCGCUGCGCGCGGAGUACGAGGCGGCGCUGCGCCUGAAGCUGGCCGAGCAGUACGACGCCUUCGUGCGCUUCAACCAGGACCAGGUGCAGCGCCAGCCGCCGCCGCACUCUAUGGACAUGGGGCACCACAUGCACCAGGACCUUGUACCCAGCUAUCUGUCCUAAUAAAGGCAUGACCGGCGGCGCAGAGCAGCACUGCGUAAUAUAUCAAGACAAACAUAUUUUGGUAUAUGUGAAUAUUAUAUGCGGGAUUAGUGUCCGUACCCUAAUGGAUCAAGAUUGUACUAAUUGCUUGUGGAAUUUAUCUAUAAACAAUAUUGUGAAAAAAAAUCACACUACACAGCAGUAUUAUGAAUUCAGUUUAUCCAAUUUAUUUACAUUUGUCUCUUGAUUGAGCAUGAAAUAUAGUACAUACAAAAUUAUAUUUUCACAAUAUUAUAUAAUGGUUAGAUUCCACAGUUUCGUUCAUGCCACAUACAUGGAACUUAGCUUGUAAUGCUUUAGAUAAGAUUCGCUGGAUAAUUGUGUUCACAGACUGAUGCUCCUACGAUGGGGUGAACAGAAACUUGCGUGUCGAAUGCGUAUUCAUACGAAUUCGUUAACGCGGUUAGGGCCCUUUGGCGUCACAAUAUAGGUCAUUGACCACUACACAGGUGCGCUCAUUCCGUGCCGCCUAUAGAGGGGCGAGUGACAAAUAUAUACAGGGUGGAUAAAUAAAUCCUUUAUGGUGUUAUAUUGUCAACCCUGGAAAUCAUUGGGAAUAAUUGGUAAUUUGCCUUUCUUUUUGUCCCAUUCACGCAGUUCAGUAUGUUUGAGUUGUGUGAGGGGGACAGCAAUACAUCGGUGGUAAUGUCUUCUAUUGAGAUGCUGACUGGCAUUAGGUAUAGACUAGGCAAGCUGGUCUCCGUAGGUGUGGGAGUUGAGAGUUGCUGGGAAUGUGAUGUACCGGGUUGCUAAACAUAUUUCUGUUAACUUCAAUAUUUUCGUGUACAUUAUGUCGGUAAUACGAAAUGCCUAAACUAUUUAAACGAAAAAGAGAAACCUUUUUCUUGUGUAUCUUUUGUCAUAUUUCAUUGCAAUUAUAUCUUUGGGGAUAGUUAUUAAACAUAACUUGCCCAAGUUUAUAGAUUUUAGACUGCCAUAUUUUCUAAACGUUAUAUAACAGGUACAUCAACUGUCAGCUUCUCAUUAAAUAGAGUAAUAAUAAAACAAAAUAUAUUGAUAUGGGGUCAAAUGCGGUUAUUAACCUAUAUUUAUUUAUCUCUUUUUCUUGCCACAAUUGACGUUUUCGUAUUGAUAAAAGACGAGCCAAGUGGCGGGAUUGAAAAGUGUAAUAACCGCUUUUUACGCCUUAUUAUAUACCACAGCGUAGCAGCCCUAUACAGAGACGGGUUUACGCCUGAGUACAAACUGGGUUUAAACUUUUUGUCCAGGUGUAUACCAUAUCUAGGCGUGUUUGCUCCGCAAACAUUCCUUGUGUGACUGUAUUGCUUGCUACGCUAAACGGUAGCCGGAUCCUUAUUUAACAAACAGGUUUAUUGUCCAAUUGAUGGCGAAUUAGAACACGACGAGCCCUAGUCUUUGUUCUUACAUAAAAAACUAUGAAGCCAAUGUCUAUUCGUAUUUUUUAUAUUUUCUAAAACAUGAUCCUGUAGAACUUAGUAUAACACAAAUAAUAAAUUCACGCAGAGUGCCUGUUAGGAAUCAAUGUGGUAAUAAUAUAUCAUUUGCGAAUUAGUUAGCCAUAAUUUUGUUUGAUAUAUCUAUUUUUAUUUUACUUUAGUGAUGUCGAAUUAUAGUUGGUAAUUUAUAUUUUCUUGUCAAUAUCGUGUGUACCGGCUGAUUUGUGUACACAGAUGUCGCCUCGUGUAUCAGACCAUUUGGGAAUUCUCUCGUUAUUUACGUAUUGAGAAAAUGUACACUUACCCUUCCUUUCUCCCUAUUUUUCUUCAAAAUUACUCACUGAUACAAAAGGCUGUAUUAGAAAAUUAUAAAUUAGCUUAUCUUAAAGUUGUUUUCUCAAUAAUGUACUUUACUACAUUAAAUUAAUAUUCUUGGAUCCACUACAACUAUGCCAUAUAACAUUGACAAUAGAAUGGACGUCGUCUAUCUGCCGUAAUUUUGUAGACGUGAAGGUAUGUAUUAUUGCAUUAUUGUUAGGUUUGCGACAAACAUAGAACGUACAUUAUUGGGAUUUGUUUUAUAAUUAUUGUUUAGUUAGUGUAACUUUUUAUUGAAUAUAAAAGGAUAAAUUUGUUACCAAGCAUUAUUCAAUAAAAAAUAGGAUAGGUCUUUUUUUAAAUUGUAUUAUCAGCUCAUUAUUAGUAGGUUAUUGGCGUUUAAGAACUGAAAAUAAAUUAGCUAAACACCCAA